AUGUUUACGCACAGUCUUACUCGCCAGCCUCUUGGCGACCGGUCCCAAAACGGCCUCGAGGCCCCUCCAGCCCCAGUAGCUGCGAAUUCCGUCCUUCCCCACGCCCCCCAGUACAGUCCCUGGCAAGGCGCUCUGACCCCGCCAGGAGGGGAAGCUGCGCAGACCGUCUGGAAAAGGCGCACCCGGCCACUGAGCCGGGAACCAGCAACCGGCAACCCGCGGACGCAACGGUGUGGAGCUGCGCGUGGGGAGCGAAAGGGACUGGAAUACAAACUCCAGUCUAAGGCCGCGGUGGAAGAAGUUGGAAAUCUCAGGUCAUUAGCUUACAUCCUGCAGCCCAGCAGUGGUAUCGGCGCGCUCCUUGGAGUGGCCUCUCCCAUGGCCUCGGGCGUGUCAGAAACCGGGUGCUUGCAGUUACGGGGUUUGCCCAGGACUUCCCAGGUUUUUGCCCUGGCUGCAGCGCUCGCCGUGGUCAGCAGCCCCCACAGGGUCCUCCACGACCUUCUGUCGGAGCAGCAGUUGCUGGAGGUGGAGGACUUGUCCCUGACCCUGCUGCAGGGCGGAAGGCUGGGGCCACUGUCGUUACCCCCGGACCUGCCGGAUCUGGAUCCCGAGUGUCGGGAGCUGUUACUGGACUUCGCCAACAGCAGCGCAGAGCUGACCGGGUGCUUAGUGCGCAGCGCCCGGCCAGUGCGCCUCUGUCAGACCUGCUAUCCCCUCUUCCAACAGGUCGCGAACAAGAUGGACAACAUCAGUCGAGCCGUGGGGAAUACGUCAGAGAGUCAUAGUUGUGCCAGAAGCCUCUUAAUGGCAGAUAGAAUGCAGAUAGUUGUGAUUCUGUCUGAGUUUUUUAACUCCACAUGGCAGAAGGCAAAUUGUGCAAAUUGUUUAACGAACACAAGUGAAGAAUUGUCAAAUAGCACGCUAUAUUUCCUCAGUCUAUUUAAUCACACUUUGACCUGCUUUGAGCAUAACCUUCAGGUGAGCGUACACAGUCUUAUGCAGUUAAGGAAUUAUUCAGAAGUUUGCAAAAACUGUCGUGAAGCAUACAAAACUCUGAGUAGUCUAUACAAUGAAAUGCAAAAAAUGAAUGAACUUGAAAAUAAGGCUGAAUCUGGAACACAUUUAUGCAUUGAUGUGGAAGAUGCAAUGAACAUUACUCGAAAACUUUGGAGUCGAACUUUCAAUUGUUCUGUCCCUUGCAGUGACACAGUGCCUGUAAUUGCUGUUUCUGUAUUCAUUCUCUUUCUACCCAUUGUCUUCUACCUUAGUAGCUUUCUUCACUCAGAACAAAAGAAACGGAAACUCAUUCUACCCAAACGUCUCAAGUCCAGUACCAGCUUUGCAAACAUUCAAGAAAAUUCAAACUGAAAUCUACAAAACGGAGAAGUAACGUCCUGUUCCAUGGGUGAAUGGUAGGAGAUGCAGCUUGG